GCAUCUCUUUCAACUUUAUAUGUGAUGUAGGUUGUUCUCUGAAAGUAACGCCUUCCUCUAACGCCAUGAAAGAAAGAACCCCUCUUCACUGUAAUCAGUAGAGUUUCCAUCUCAGAGUAAAUUCAGUCCUUCCAACUUCUAGAAAAGAUUCGAUCUUCUAUGUCUUUCAAUCCCGAUCACUUUCUUUGGUAACGCCUCCCUAUCUAACGCCUCAAUAUAACCCCUCUUUACUGUAAUCAGUAAAGAUUACAUCUGAGAUUCGAUCCAAUCAUUCCAACUUCUACAAAAGAUCCAAUCUUCUCUGUCUAUUAAUUCCAGUAUUUCAAUCACAUCUCAAAGUCGGUCGAAAUUCCCCUUCAACCAAUUUCACAAUCUCUGAAAUCAGUUACGGUUCUAGGUUUGCCCUAAUAAUUAGAUUUCCCUUCGGAUUGAUUUAUUAUUGAAAUUACACCAAAAGAAACGCACAACAUGGAAUUAAUUGCCUGCUGCAUCUAUAAAUUGUCUCCGAAAAUCACAGGGAAGCAUCAGUCUCACCGGUUCAACAUCUUCCCAGACAAAGAGAGAAAUGGCAUCACAGGUUACCUGCAAUAUUCAGAAGGUUGGACCCUCAUCCACACAGGACACACUCAAGAGUUUACGAUUGCUUGACGAAGGAAAAACAAACAUCGUUACCAUCCGUGUUACCCGGAAAUGGGAAGAGUUAGACUUCAUGUCGACCAACGACGUUACCAGCGUUGAUAUGGUUAUUGUUAACGAGCAGGGGGAAGAGUUAUACGCUGUCAUACCCAAAAAUCUUAUUUGGAAGUUUGAUAAGCUGAUUUGGGAGGGGGUCUGUACUCUAUGCAGAAACUACACUUGACCACUGCUAAACUGAAGUUCCGUCUUGCGCACAAUGAGAAGCGGGCCUUCUUAUGGAGCACCACCUCCAUCACUGCUUUGGAUGCCUAUUUCGUGUCCAUUAUUCCCCAGAAAUUCUGUUUCACUGAGUUUGAGGACAUAGAAUCGACCCUUCAAAACAUACAUCUUACAGAUGUGGUGGGUUUCUUAAAAACAGUCACCAACAUCCAGGUGCUUCAAAGGUCCGGUGGGCAAUCAAGUCGAAUGCGCGAGAUCACAAUUGAAAAUCUCAGGGGCACAACUAUGAAAAUUGCUCGAUGGGGUUCUGCCGCCAACCAAGUAGGGAAUGACCCAAUUGAUUGCGACUCCAUCCCCCAUCCUGUGUUGGUUGUCGUGUGCUCCACUUUUGUUAAGAACUACCAAGGCGAAUCACCCUAUCUUCGACCAAUGCCACCAGAGUCUACACGGAUGCAGACAUACCCGAAGUCGUUGAAAUGCGAGAAAGGUGCCCCUAUGCUAGACCACCCCGCUCUAUCACAGUACCGGCUAAGAAAGGAAAAUUACCUAUACAUUUCAAUCCUGACAACAGGAAAACAAUAUCGCAGCUUCUCACUGCCAAAUGGGAUCCUUCUUGCCAGGCCGCUAAUGUCUGUCCUCAUAUGUAACGCCACUGCCACCCAUGUGUUGAUUGAAAAUGGUUGGCACUAUCUUGCCUGCCAUCGAUGUAGCAAGAAGGUUAUGGGUGAUGAUGGAGACCUUUGGUGCACUAAAUGUGAAGCCAAGGUUGAAAUUCACAUUGCAAGGUUCAUGGUCUGCUUUGAGGUAGAGGACCACACUGGCACCACAGUCUUUGUAGCUCUGGAUAGUGAAGUCUAAAAAAUGGUCUGUUCUACCGCAGCUGAGCUCAUAGGAGCGUCAGAGGAUAAUGCAAAAUCUGCGGUAAUAUCUGGAUUCUCGCAGAUACUCCAGCGAGUUGUUGAUUUCCAAAUCACUAUCAAUUCCUUCAACAUGAAACAAAAAACACCAACCAGCUUCACCGUCACCCGAAUUAACCUCACCAACCAGCCUGGCCAAGGUAUUUUUGCGACUGAAAGUUGAAUGGUUUCAAAUACUGUUGAUGGACCACAGGUAAAGAAACCUCGCCUUGACGAAACAACUGGAAUGAAGGAUAAUAAGGAUGAAGCUGCUGAAUGAAUUGGGCCUUGCUACCGGAAUAUAAUUGAAUAAAACAUUACAUGAACCUUUAUUCAGUAUUGUUAUUUGUUUUCUGUUUUCUUUGUUUGAACUACAUGUUUCGCAGUUUACUUACAGUCUUGAUAAUAGUAAUGCUCUAUUAUCAGGUUCCCCAUUUAAACACUAGGUCUUUUGUUAAAAAACUUUCAGAUCCUUAAUUGUCUGCACUGCAAGAGGUACUUUAUAUGGUGGCUUAAUACUGCAUCUCUUGCCCUGCGAUAUAAUUUGUUUAGUCUCUUUUCUUAUAGUCAGUCACUAUCUUCUCCUUGUUUCCUUCAUUCAAAAAACCGAAUAAAUGACAUAUGAA